AUGGAUAUAGAAACUUUUGAAUAUGAUAGACACCGAAGUGACUUGCAAGGGAUUAGAGCAGUGUCGAUCGUCGCUGUACUCGCAUUUCAUUUCUACGGAGAACAUUUUCCGAAUGGAUAUGUAGGAGUCGAUCAAUUUUUUGUGCUAUCAGGAUUCCUUAUGUCUAUGAUGCUGGAAGGGAAAAAACGCCUUGGAUUUCAAGAAAUCAUGCAAUUCUAUUACCGUCGAGUACGGCGCAUUCUGCCAUCCUAUCUGCUAGUUGUUCUACUCUCCUUAAUCGCUUCUAAUUUUAUUCUCAUACAGUACUUACAAGCUAGCAAUUGGGAAUCGGCUGUUUACGCGCUGACUUUCACCACAAACAUUAAAGCCGCUGACAGCACACGAAAUUAUUUGAGGAUGGUAACGAAAGCCAGUGAUCUCUUCACCCACACAUGGUCGAUAGCUUUAGAAAUGCAGUUCUACCUCAUAUUUCCUCUUCUUUUUGUAAUCUACAAAUCGAUACGUGGUCGGUUAGCCUACCUCUUUCUAGUAGCCGCUGGAUCUCGUAGCAAGCGGCAUUCCGACGGCGGCUUCUUGUCUCAUCCAGGCUACAAACACAUUACUCUCUUUCAAUCCUUUAAGAGAACAUAUCUAACAAGAAAGCAGCAACUCAUUGUGCUCACACACCUUCUCAUUCUUCUGCUCGUACUUGUUGACCUUACAAAAGCGACCGCUUGCACGCUUCUAACGGCUGGUCUGAUUCUUUUUCAUUCACCGGACAGCACUUCGGUUCUUUCAUCGAAGUGUUUUACCUAUUUUGGAGAGCUCUCAUAUUCCUUAUACCUUGUGCAUUGGCCCAUUUAUACCAUUCUGAAGAUACAAUUUCCUGACAAUACCAUGAGUGAAUCGCAAAGCGAUGCUAUGGGCUACGAAUAUGGUUGCACAGAUCUACGAUAUGAUGAAUGA